AUGAAUACAAAAUGCGUUGCCUCGGAUGCGGAUGUUUCCCCCUCCAAAAAAUCGAAGGCCCUUGCUGCUAAGCCGUCCACUGAUGCUACCACUGUGUCUCUCUCUGGUUUGUGUAGAUUGCCUGCUUUCGUUCCACUGCUAGAUUCAAUGCUGGAAAGCGGUGAUGAUGUUGAGGAUGAGCUGCAUGCCCAUGAUGAAGAGGAUGUUUUCGUCCAGUCAGUUGUUAACACGCUUGAAAUUAAUGCUGGAAUGACUGACAACGCCUCAGCAGAAGAUUGUUUCAUCGAAGCGUCAGAGGAAAUGAGGGAAGAUGUCCUCCAGCGUGGUGAAGUGUAUAUUCCUGAAUGGUUGAAGGCUUCGCAAUCCAUCAAAACUCGGCUUACCUUCACCCCUUGGGACAGUAUCUCAGACAAGGAGGACGUUGUGGACAGCGACGACGAGCUGUUUCUUGACCAUGAUACCUACAGUGCGAAAUUAUGGGAGCGACUAUACAGGAUGUCGGUGAUUGAUGACUCAGAGGAUGAAGGUUUCAUCUUGGUUGGGAAAUUCACGUGGGACGACACCAGAUUCUCUUUCAAUUCUGAUAACAUUUUUGCUUACAAGCAUGCUGUUGGCAAGGUCAAGGCGAAUGACCAUGUUCGAAUCUGGAUUAUUGGGUCCAUUAAACAGGCUUGCCAAUGGAAGUCCAAUCUGUCCAUGGGGAUCGUUCCCUUCAUUCGUUGCUGUUGGGCAAACGCUAAGGCUGCAAUUCUUAACCAUUCUGAAGGCAAACCGUCCUUUCAUUUCUUGCCUUGUCUCUUUUAUGUUUUGAAACUGCCUUUGGUAGAGGGAGUAAAGUCACCCUGCAUCGCGAGUGAUCAUAUUCCUUUGGCUGUGUUUACACCUAAGGGCUCCUUCGAUUGCAUCUUUGAUGCUUCCCACCUGUUCUCUCCUCAAUUCAAGAAGAAUAAGCGUUUCAAUGGAGAACUGUUGCCCAGUCACAUCAUUCUGGCCGAUUGUUUCCUGCAACGUUUUUCUGAGAAGGAAACGAGUUUGAAGAAGGCAGCAUUCAAGAUUUCCUCCAUUGGUGUCUUCGGUCAAGGUGAUGUUCCGCUCGCAAGUUCGUCCACUGUGGGUACUUCCCCUUCAAAGAAAAAAUUCUGUAUGUCAUUCAUCAUUGGUGUCUCAGUAUGGUGUGUGGAGAAUAAUAUCCUUUGCAGAGUUUCUUCCUCUUCUCUGCUUUGUACUUUCUUGGAUGUUUUCUCUUCCAUGUGCCAAUGA